AUGAACUUCAUCGCCAAGCACUUCUUCGAGUACCAAUCGUUCGUCAACCUCCCCCACAAGGCUGUCCAACUACACAAGCCGCAAGCCUCCCAGGCCGGAACCGACCCGUCAUCCGGAUGGGGCCCGAAGAACUUCAACAAGGCCGGAAAAAACCAGCCCGCUCCUGCGGCGAGAGCCUCGAGGACGCAUAGGGAUCCGCGGCCAAAUGGCACAAAGCAUGGUCGACCAGCCAAACAUGAACACCGAGAAUGGGGUGAUAGGCAUGGAGAACUAAAAGAAGAAAAGGUGGCCCCGCACAAGGACGCGCUUACCAAAUUCUUGGCAAACGAGGAUCCAGCUGAUCGAACGUUCUUUGAGUGUGAUUUCGAGGAUACGGUGCUUCAGGCCGAAGAAGAAGCGCUACCCGAACGUCUCGCGCGUACUUCAAACGAGCACGACGAGCUCGAGUUCCAAAUGGCCUACAAUGCCAACAAGAACGCGUACACCAGCCGCGAACUCCUUAUCAUUCUCACAUACGCUCCACUCGUCCAAUUCGUGACGGUGACGGUCAAGAAGGCGAGAAUGCUGCCGUAUAAUACUUCCCCUUUCGCCCGAAUCAUGCUUUUCGACGGUCGACGCUUGGUAGAGCAGAAGCAGACAACUGUCGACCCGUCCGUGGGAAUCACGUCAUCUAUCGACUCCGCGAAACCAUCUUCUUCUUCUGUCUCCUCGUCCUUGUCUUCGACUUCCGGAGACGCCGCCUUUUCCGAGUCAUUCCUCUUCCAUGUGCCACCCACGAAGCUUGACAAGGCGCAUAUUGUCAUUGAGGUCUUUGACAACUCGACCGACGGUCCGGUCUCUAUCGGCCACUGCGUUAUUGGGCGGCUCUCGGGAGGUACCGGCCAAUCGCACUGGCUCCAGAUGACAAACUCCAGGUACGCCGAUGAACUCGGCCAGCUUGACCUGGAUCAGAUCAAGAAGAUCUACGCCAAUGUGAAAAGAAAACCGGAGAGUUGUAAGCGCGUCUUCGAUGAGCACUGGCUGAUAGAACAUCAGAUGCUGGGAGCUCAAGACGAGAUGAUGAUGCAAAACGAGGCAUCUUACGGGCCGCAGUUCGUGGAGCCACAGUAUGCGGGGCCGCAGUACGAAGUGGCCCAAUACACGAAUCAGCUUGACGACUUAUUGAAGGGAGUCCAUCAAGACCUGGAAAUUGCUUCCUUACGCUCGGACGUCAUCAGAGCCGAGCAGGAAAAUCAGAAGCUCAGGGCUAAGGUUCAGAAGCAAGCCGACGACUAUCAACAAAAAAUCAUGGCGAUGCUGACGAUGGUUUCGGUGGUGAUCGACCGAAAGACUGCCGCCGAAGUUCAAGAAAUAAUCAAUGCU